AUGGAGACCGACCGACCGGUCUCCGGCAAAUUGGACACCACAUCGAUUAACCAAAGAAGAGCGCUGGUCAUCGGGAUAGAUAAGUACGAAAAUAGCAAGAAUCUCCACGGGUGCGUCCCAGAUGCGAUCAAUGUUCAGCAUGUUCUCCAGACGGCUCUGAAUGUUCCCGCCGCAAACAUUUGUACCCUCCUGAGCCCGAUAUCUACUGAGACUUCCUUACCUCCUUACACACUUCCAACAAGAGCGACAGUCUUGCAGUCGAUCCAGGAUAUUACUGAAAAAAGUCGAGCCAACGAUUUCGUGUACAUACAUUUUUCCGGGCAUGGGAUCCAGGCUCCAACCGUGUACAAAAAAACCACCGACAAGGACGAAUCGCUCCUCUUCCCGGAUGGCACCAUCAUUCGGGACAUCGAGCUCGGCGUCCUACUUGAUAGGCUGGCAGACAAGGGUGUGACCGUGCUGGUUGUCCUGGAUUGUUGUCAUUCGGGCGGCGCCACAAGGGGUACAAAGCCCGAUGGUUGGAGCGCCAGACAGGUACCCUACGAAUUCCAACCAGGGGACUUGGAGCCCGUUGAAUGGAUCGGAAAGGAGCUAUUCACUUCCACCGCGAGCACACUGCCGCCGCUGAAGAGCGAACACUGGUUUUGGAAGGGCAGGAAGUACAAUCUUCUAGCUGCUUGCCAGCCGCAUGAGUUGGCUCAGGAAUUCCCAAUCGAGGAAGGUAUCUCUGGUUUGCUGACUUAUUCUCUUCUGCACUUCUUGAAGGGACUGGAGCCUACUGAUCUGGCGACCACGGCUUAUCGAAGGCUCUUGGCAGCUGUAAGACGCACCUGCCAAUCGGAGACGAAUGACCAGUUCCCAAUCCUGUUUGGAGAUGACAGCAAGUCAAUAUUUGGUCUUACCUCUACCUCAAUUAGCGAGAGUAGUGAGGCGUUGGCGCAUGUGCAGCUGGCAAAUCGUGGCGUGCUGACGCUUGACCGUGGAGAGCUCGACGGAAUUGUUCUUGGAGAUCAUUAUCAAAUUCUGAACAAUAGUGGGAGAGACACAGGGAUUGUAGUGCAAAUCACCAAGGUCGAGCCGCUGCGCGCUUAUGCAGGAAAGACUGUUUCUGGCUCCAUUCGUGCAGCACGCAUCGGUUGGAUUGCUCGGUUUGCAGGACGGACGCAAGUCACUCGAGUUAUGGUGCACAAUCCCGAAAACGAGCUUCAAUACGGCGGCCAAGAUGCUUUGGAACGGCUUCAGAAUGAGUGGAGGCAGUGUUUCGACAACUCGCAGCCUUGGGAAUUCCACUUCGGCGACACUCCAACCAACGCAAACUUCAACAUCCGUCUCAACUCAAUCUCCGUUUUCGAGAUCUACAACGCGAACAACUUCAUCAUUCCGAACAUUCCGCCGGUCUCUGUCGACUCCAGACACAUGACGAAGAUGCUGUGCCAGAUCCUCAUCCAUCUGCAAAGAUAUCUCUCGUUUGACAAACUGCCUCGCCCGGCGCUCCAGCUCACUCCCACGCAUCGGUUCACUAUUGAACGCCAGCACGAGUCCAAUGAAACUACGUACACACUACGAUACAUAAACCGAGCUCCGUACAAAGUCUACAUCACCAUCUUCGAGCUCACCCCGGACUGGGGCAUCGAGCAAAUCGUACCCGGCCCGGGCGAGGCAGGCUACUGUGUCGAGGCUAACAGCGAGAUCGAGCCGAUCAGCAUGAUGGUGUACAUACCGGAGGAGCUCGAGGCGCGUGGCGUACGCCGUAUAAGGGAGAAGUUCAAAAUGCUGAUUACCGUACGCCCACACGACUUCUCGCACUACAAACUCGAGUCGCUCGAUCGGCACUUGGAGAGGGGAGCUAACUACAGGAACACACAUAUUCGGCGUGCGGAAUGUGAUGUUUGGGAGGAAGAGCUUGUUGAGCAGUUCGGCAGGGAAGAACUAGGCCCACAGUACUCCUACAGAGAUGCGAACCUUUGA